AGAGAGUGAGAGAAGGGGAGCUCUGCGUGCGGCCGGGGUUACUGGGAGAGAGAGAGAGCGGAGGAGGAGGGAGAGACACGGAGUGCGCAUCACUGGACAGACAACGCGAGCUGACAGAACCAACCUGCACCGACCGGGGACUCACCGACCAAACCACCCACCUGGCUCACACAGCGAGCUGCAGCUCCCACUGUCUGACUGACUGCACCCGCACCGGCUCACCGAGCACCGACUGACGGCAUACCGGCUCUGUACCGAGAGCACGGCACCCCCAAGCACACAGACACAGACACAGGCCUGUCCGGCUUCUCCCAGCACCCACAGAAGGUUACAAGAUUCACAAGAAGGGGCAUUGUCCAGUGUGUAGGUGUUGUCAUUCGAAGUAUGGCAGAAGACCGUAUCCGCCACCGACAGUCAAAAAAUACUCAAUCAUUUUUCACAAUGGAUGUGGAUGAUGAAGAAAAUAUGAGUUCGAGCAGCACCGAUGUUAAAGAAAACCGUAACCUGGAGGGAGUGUCACCAAAGGAUGGCAAUGGCCAGGCUACCAGAGAGGGGACUCAACUUUCCAAUGGGGGUGAGGGAACCAAAAGCAGGAAACGACCUUUAGAAGAAGGCAAUAAUGGCCAUUCCAAGUUCAGGCCAAAGAAGAGGAAGAAAACACCAGGACCUGUGUUGCCAAAGAAUGCACUAAUGCAGCUGAAUGAAAUCAAGCCUGGCUUACAAUAUAAGCUUAUGUCUCAAACUGGGCCAGUUCAUGCACCUGUUUUUAUCAUGAUAGUGGAGGUUAACGGACAAGGUUUUGAGGGUUCCGGACCAACAAAAAAGAAAGCCAAGCUUAAUGCAGCAGAGAAGGCUUUGAGGUCAUUUGUGCAAUUUCCCAAUGCAUCAGAAGCUCACCUAGCAAUGGGUAGAACCCUUUCCAUUAAUACAGAUUUUACCUCUGACCAAGCAGACUUUCCAGAGACACUGUUUAAUGGAUUUGAGAAGCAAGAGCAAGCUGAACAUGGCUUUUUCUUAGGUUCUAAUGGCAAUGAAUCCUAUAAUUCAGUAAAUGAUUACAGCAUGUCACUGUCUGGAUCAAGUAAUUUAAUACAAUCUCCUCUUCCAGCGCCAUCUCUCUUCCCACCAGCAGGUGGUAAAAAUCCAGUGAUGAUUUUAAAUGAACUGCGUCCUGGCCUUAAAUAUGACUUUGUGUCAGAGAGUGGGGAAAGUCAUGCCAAGAACUUUGUUAUGUCAGUCACUGUUGACAGUCAGACAUUUGAAGGAUCUGGAAGAAACAAGAAGCUUGCAAAGGCACGAGCAGCUCAGUCAGCGCUUGCAUCACUUUUUAAUAUGCAUUUGGACCAGACGCCCUCUCGACAGCCUAUUCCUAGUGAAGGGCUACAAUUGCAUUUACCUCAGGUUCUGGCUGAUGCUGUUGCUCGUUUGGUUGUAGAUAAAUUCAGUGAAUUGACAGAUAAUUUCACAUCGCCUCAUGCAAGGAGAAAAGUUCUUGCAGGAGUUGUCAUGACAACAGGAACUGAUGUAAAAGAUGCCCAAGUUAUCUGUGUUUCCACAGGAACAAAAUGUAUCAAUGGGGAAUAUAUGAGCGACCGUGGUCUUGCUCUAAAUGAUUGUCAUGCAGAAAUUAUAGCUCGCAGGUCACUACUUAGAUUUUUAUAUAGCCAGCUUGAAUUAUUUUUAAGUACAAGAGAAGACCAUCAGAAGUCAAUAUUUAUGAAAUCAGAAAAAGGUGGAUUCAGACUAAAGGAUAACGUACAGUUUCAUUUGUACAUCAGUACAUCACCAUGUGGAGAUGCCCGUAUUUUUUCACCACAUGAGGCUGGACAAGAAGACCAAGGGGAUCGUCAUCCAAAUCGUAAAGCAAGAGGGCAACUCCGGACCAAGAUAGAGUCUGGAGAGGGAACUAUUCCAGUCCGUUCCAGCGUUACCAUUCAGACAUGGGAUGGUGUUUUGCAAGGAGAGAGAUUGCUCACAAUGUCGUGUAGUGACAAGAUUGCAAGGUGGAAUGUUGUGGGUAUCCAAGGUUCCUUGUUUAGCCUUUUUGUCGAACCAAUAUACUUCUCAAGUAUCAUCUUGGGCAGUCUCUAUCAUGGCGACCACCUUUCAAGAGCAGUUUAUCAACGAAUAGCUGAUAUAGAAGAUCUUCCACCUUUGUAUUCCCUCAACAAACCUUUAUUAAGUGGUAUUAGCAAUGCUGAAGCACGGCAGCCUGGUAAAGCCCCUAGUUUCAGCGUUAACUGGACAGUGGGAGAUCCUGGCCUUGAAGUUAUUAAUGCUACUACUGGCAAAGAUGAAAUGGGUCGUGCAUCACGUCUUUGUAAGCAUGCCUUGUACAGCCGAUGGAUGCGUAUUCAUUCAAAGCUUUCACCCAACCUGAGGUUCAGAAUCGGAAAGCCCAACUUGUACCAUGACACGAAGCAGUCUGCCACAGAAUAUCAGUCUGCAAAAGAAUGCAUCUUCAAAGCAUUCCAGAAGGCAGGUCUGGGAGCCUGGGUACAAAAGCCCAUAGAACAGGACCAGUUUUCUCUCGCUGUUUAAACCACAGGACAUACUCCUAUAAGUUUCCAAUGGGCAGGUGGAUAUGGACACUGAUUGAAAGCCUUGUUUAGAGUUUCCUCAUUCCUCUGCUGUGCCAAUCAUCCUCCACUGCCUUUUUUGCCCUUAUAUCUUUUUAGAGCAUUGUUGACCAAGCAACUUUGUUUUCUUGGGUCUGGAAGUUGCACAUUUAUUUUUUAGUGACCAAAGGCAGUGUUUUGUAUGUGCCUGUCUGCAUCCAUAUUCACAUGUAUAUUUAAACCCAGUUGUGUUUAAUGGCACGGUAUUGAUCUGCAUCCAAGUUAAAGUUAUUUUUAGAUGCAGUACAUUUUUUUCCAUUUUCAGUAGAGCUGAAUACAAAAUGUACUUAUUUGUUAGUUUUACACUGUAUUUUUGACGAUAUUUUAGCAAAUACAUUUUUUACUCUUUGGUUUUUGAAACCUAGUCUACUUUUGACACCGACACAGCCAGCAAGAUCUCUGUUUUGGGUGCAUUAUUGUCCUUUUCUAACCUGCCCUUAAAAUAUAUAUCUGUUUAGUAUUUUUUAAUUUUUAAUUGUCUUUUUUUUUUUUUUUUGUGUGUGGUCUUAAAAUUAUCUUUCCCACUACAGUGGUAUUUAAAACCAGCUGCUAAGCAAUUGUUUCCUCAUUGUCUAUUUAUUAAUGUAUGAUUUGUUUUUAAUAUGCCGCUUUUAUCCUGUAUUUACCUUUCAUUUAUACACAUUGUGAAUUCAUAUUUUUACCAUUGUAAACUGGAAUAAAACUACAUUUGUAUUUUCCUUCAGUAUU